AAAAAGUUAAAACCACCGAAAAAAUAAAAUCUAUAAAUAAAGACCCUUGCCCCCUUUCAUAAACGAAUCCGUGUUCGAUUUCUUUUUGCUGUGAAGAGAAAGGAGAGAAACCUAAACCCCAAUAAUUUGGUUCUUGCCUUGAUUGUUGGCGAUGGCGUCGAAGAGGAUUCUGAAGGAGUUGAAGGAUCUGCAGAAGGAUCCUCCGACUUCAUGCAGUGCAGGUCCUGUUGGGGAAGACAUGUUCCAUUGGCAAGCGACCAUUAUGGGACCCACAGAUAGCCCCUUUGCUGGUGGCGUUUUUCUGGUGACAAUUCACUUUCCACCGGACUAUCCCUUCAAGCCCCCAAAGGUCUCUUUCCGCACUAGGGUUUUCCACCCAAACAUCAACAGCAACGGCAGCAUUUGCCUGGACAUUCUCAAAGAGCAAUGGAGCCCUGCCCUGACAAUCUCCAAGGUUUUACUAUCCAUUUGCUCCCUGCUCACCGAUCCCAAUCCUGAUGACCCUUUGGUGCCUGAGAUUGCUCAUAUGUACAAGACUGACAGGGCCAAGUACGAAUCUACAGCUCGCUCAUGGACGCAGAAGUAUGCCAUGGGCUGAACUUGGCGUGGCGCCCUGCUGCUUUUGUCCCUAAAUCAGUAAAUAAUGAUAAUACUCUGGUUUAAAAGAUAAAAACUGGCUUAAGUCCUGGUUCUUUGUUCUUCCUUCUCCCUUUGUGCUUCUAUGGCACCCUGUACUGUCAAUCGUGUGGUUCGUUAUUGCACUAGAACCUAAUAUUUAAGGACUGCUGGAACUCUCGGUAAUUCUAGUAAAUGCUGAUAUAUGAUAGUCUAUCCGCAGUUGGCUGAUUUAUGGUA